UGAUCAGAGCACCAAUUUCAGGAAUUAUCAUUGCUAUAAAUUGUUUUCACGAAAUCAAUCAUUGAUGUAAUUUGAUGUAAUAAUCUGGAUAUUGAUCACAUGAUAUCAAUUUAGAUCACGUGCAGAUACUCCCCACGACGGGGCCAUAUCACUCAGGCAACUCUCACCAGCUCCUAUCACCCCAACUAUCUCCCUCGAUCGCUCCAUACUCGGCACCAUGAGCAAUGCACAAGCGUAUUACGAGCUUUAUCGCGGGAGCAGCCUGGGCCUGUCCCUUACCGAUACCCUCGAUGACUUGAUCAAUGAAGGCCGAAUCGAGCCCCAGCUCGCCAUGAAGAUUCUUUCCACUUUCGAUCGAGUGAUUACCGAGGUUCUCGCAGACAAAGUGCGCGCAAGGCUUACUUUCAAGGGCCAUCUGGAUACAUAUCGCUUCUGCGACGAAGUAUGGACAUUCCUCAUCAAAGACGUCACUUUCAAACUGGACAACCAGACGACUGUGCAAGCAGAUAAAGUCAAGAUUGUGAGCUGCAACAGCAAGCGCCCCGGCGAGGCAUAGUGACCUAUCGUUCCCAGACAUUCAUGGCUCUUUGUGCUUUAUUUUGUUCCCUUGGGUCCUUUUUUCCGGACCGGCGUUGCGAUAAUGUCAGCAUCGGGUUGACUGGGGCAUG